GUUUUCGACAAACGACAUGGACGAGUACGUGCGCUGCACCGUCUGCGGUGGCUGGGGCGUGGACUUGGUGACGAACGUCGAGAAGAUCUGCGCGCAUUGCGCCAGGAAGACGAAAGCAUUCUUCGAUCCCGACAAAAGCGCGUUUUGUGCGGACGGGUAUGUUGACAUCUCGCCCAAAGCGGACGGAGGUGUUCUUAAGAAGAUCUUGAAGGAAGGGGAUUCCAAUGGCAAGUUCAUCGAAGAGGGGUGCCCAACAUUCGUUCAAUACAUUGGUCGACUCGACGAUGGGUCCAUUUUCGACACCACGCGCGAUGUUGUUGAUGGAAAGAACGCGGGCGGGACAGACGACGCAUUUGAGUUUCACAUUGGCCGUGGUAUACCACGGUACCCCACAUCCAUCGAGAGCUCACAUCCAGUUGUCCGCGCAGGAAAAGUCAUUUUGGGUCUGGAUAUUGCAGUAAUGACAAUGAACCUUGGCGAAGUCGCGCGAUUCAUCAUUCAGCCCGAAUACGGGUACGGCGUCCAAGGGUUAGCCCCUAAAGUCGAGCCGAACGAGGUGUUGGAUUACGAAAUCGAACUCGUGAGCUACGGCAAACCACUGCCAAAGUUCCCGUCACCGGCCGAGUUGGCCGAAUCGCGCAAACGUCAGGCUGAAGAAGACCGCAAAAUGCUCGAGGCAAACCCUCCCGCAACUGUGGACGAGCGACUGCGCAGCUCAAGCGAGCAAAAGGAAGAAGGCAAUGCCCUUGUCAAGAAAGGGGAUUACGAAAGCGCGCAAAAAUGCUACGACACGGCGUUUGUGCAUAACUUUUACGGCAAGGACGAAUGGGAAGUGCUUGUGUCGGCCGAAGACAAAACUCGCAUCAACAACCACAAAGUCCCGCUGUACUUGAACCGGGCGCUGUGUAAAAUCAAGCUGGGCAAGUGGAACGAUGCCGAGUGGGAUUGCGACAAGGUACAGUCGUCGGCCAUAAUAGUUUCGCAGUCCAGUGAUGAUGGAAGCAACUCGCCAGGCGAUUGAAAUCAACAACGCGCUGCCCAAGGCCCACUUUCGUCGCAGUCUUGUUUUUCUCGGCAAGUUGAACGACGAGCUGGCCAAGGAAGACCGCAAGGAGUUUUGGGUGAUCGACAAAGCCAACAAGUUUUUGGCCGAGGCCGAAGCGAGUUUGCAAAAGGCGGUCGAGUUGACGGAUGGCGGGAGCGAUGCUCAAAUUGUCAAGACGCAAAUGGACCUAAAACGAUCCAAGAUGACGCUUGCAAAAUACAUCAAGAGCUAUCAUGAAGCGGAGAAGAAGCUGUACAAGGACAACAUCAUGGAUCGAUUGGUUGCUGUCAACAAGAAAAAACAAGCGUCGGAGCUGCAACAAGAGCUCGAGCACGAAUUCGAAGACAUGCCGUCGCUGGAAUAAUCCAUUGCAAGCACGAUUCGUUAUCCAGAACACGCAAUUUGGGCCAGAUAAUCGGCUACUUUGAUCGCAGCAGAAAGUUCCACUGGGCCGGUGAGAACGGCAACGAUGUGAACGGGUGGCCGAACUGCGUAUAGCACGACCAGGUUAUUCUACACACCGAUCUCGCUUGAGAAGUCGGACAAAGGCCAAACGAAGAGAUUCCAUUACCCCC